CCUUAAAGGCAUUUCGCCCUUCCCUUUAAGACGCGCCGCCCCUUCUCAGUCACUCCCAAGAUGGCGGACCUACUGGGCUCCAUCCUGAGCUCCAUGGAGAAGCCACCCAGCCUCGGGGACCAGGAGUCUCGGCGCAAGGCCCGAGAGCAGGCCGCCCGCCUGAAGAAGCUACAGGAACAAGAAAAACAACAGAAGGUGGAGUUUCGUAAAAGGAUGGAGAAAGAGGUGUCUGAUUUCAUCCAAGACAGCCGGCAGAUCAAGAAAAAGUUUCAGCCGAUGAACAAGAUCGAGAGGAGCAUCCUACACGAUGUGGUGGAGGUGGCUGGCCUGACGUCCUUCUCCUUCGGGGAAGAUGAUGAGUGUCGCUACGUCAUGAUCUUCAAGAAGGAGUUCGCGCCCUCAGAUGAAGAGCUGGAGUCCUACCGUCGCGGCGAGGAGUGGGACCCCCAGAAAGCCGAGGAGAAGCGCAAGCUGAAGGAGCUGGCCCAGCGGCAGGAGGAGGAGGCAGCCCAGCAGGGCCCCGUGGUGGUGAGCCCCGCCAGCGACUACAAAGACAAGUACAGCCACCUCAUCGGCAAGGGGGCGGCCAAGGACGCGGCCCACAUGCUACAGGCCAACAAGACCUAUGGCUGUGUGCCCGUGGCCAACAAGAGGGACACGCGCUCCAUCGAAGAGGCCAUGAACGAGAUCCGGGCCAAGAAGCGGCUGCGGCAGAGCGGGGAAGAGCUGCCACCGACGUCCUAGGCGCCCCAGCAACCGGGGCGGGCCGGGGACAGGGGGACAGGCUGCUGCUAUUAGGACCCAUCCUGGAGCCCCACCUCCGCACCGCCUCCCGUCUGCGGGCACCGGGCCGGGGAGGCGGGUAUGUGACUUGUCACUGUCCGAGCUCGGACCCUCGAGUGGUGUGUGUGCGCUUGCGC